GGGAGGCAGACAGGCAAGGCAGGCUGGGCCGCCCUCCCGCCCCGGUCGCCCGGAUCCUUUCCCGGCCGCUGCAAAGCGUCGACCAUGGGCAAAAGCAAGACCAAACGCUUCCGCCGACCGCCCUUUUCCCCGGCGGGCGAGCGGAGGCAGGCGGGCGGCGAGGCCGAAGGAGGCGAAGGUUCCCCGGCCGCGGAGCUGCUGGAGAAACUGCAGCACCCAAGCGCCGAUGUGCGAGAACUUGCUUGUGCCAGCAUUUCCAAACUCCUGCAGCAGAAACAGACAAUCCCGGCUUUUGUCCAAAGAGACGUUGUCCGAUCUUUGGGGCCCAUGCUGCUAGAUCAAAGUCUGGCAGUUCGAGAGACGGCUACGGGAGCUCUUCGCAAUCUCAGUGCCUGUGGAGGAUUUGAAGUUUGUGACGACAUGGUUACGAAAGAUGUCAUGACUCCCCUCGUAGCUCUGCUGAAAGAGUGCCGGGCAGGGCUGGAAGAGAGCAACGGCUCUCUGAAGGAAAGCAAAGAGACAAACAAGAAUUAUAUUGAAGCCAUAGCCAACGAGGCCGUGAACCUGCUGUGGAAUGUUUGCGAAUGCAACAGCACAGCUGUCUCCGUAUUCAAUAGAGAAGGAUGCUUGAAUGUCCUUCUCCAGUAUUUGAAGAGAUUUCAUACAAAUGUGGACCUGGCUGUCGCAGUGGCGUCUUGCUUGCAGGCCGUGACGGAAGAUAACCCGGAUCUGCUUUCGUCCUUCGAUGCUUCUGUUCACCAAGUGCUAGAAAUGGUCAUGGUGUCGCCAGACAAAACCAUGGAGCACGUUCUUCUAAAGACCCUGGUGGCAGGCGUAAUUUGGAAUAUAAAGAGCACGCUGCCCUCUGGGAGCCAGGCAAGCACCGUAAACGCUAUCCUGAAGGUCCUCUCAGAAUGCUUAGCAGUGGAUGCCGGUGAGACGGUGAUGCGGAUGAAGGAAGAGGAAACGGAACGGUUGAAAACUUUGGCCGAGCAGGGAACAGAAGAAAAUGUGGGCAACGGGGACAGCAUGGUAAUAAAUGAAGAAGAGAUGGAAGAAACACCCAAAGGAAACGCUAAAGGGAAAACUGAUGUUUCGGAUCUACUUCCGUGCAGUAAGCAGGAGGUGAAACAGGUGGCUGCUUUACUUCUGGCUCAGCAGACGGCUUUGGAAAUCAUUGUGAAUAUGUGCUGUAACGAAGAGCCCUCCGAUGAUGAGUGGGAGGAGCUAUCGAGCAGUGACGAAAGCGACGCCUUCUUGGAAAAUUCCUAUGAGGAAGGCGGUGGGAAGCUUAUGUCACCUCUUUGCCUUUCAGCUGAGGUUCACACAGCUCUUAUGAACCACCUCGUUCCAAAGAAGAUACUUGAAAAAACGGCUUUCCCCAGCAGUGUUGCUCUUGACAUCUGUGAACACAGUCCAGCUUGGAAGCCACUUAUUAAGAAGUUAAACAUGGUGCAGUACAGAGCCCUGACUUGCCUCCAAAGCAUCUUGUUGGUGUCAGAUGUGGAUUGUCUCGGAGGCACUUCGGUCCUCCAGUCGCUUGCACAGCACCUUUCUCAGCUGAUUUUCUCCCAGCCAGAGUUUUCUAAACAAACGGAAUUUCUGGAAGCCGUCACCAGCGCUUUGCGGGCGCUUUUACAGAUGAUGGCGUCUAAUAAUAUACCUCAGUGCACCACUCCUGAGCAACUCAUGACUUUGUGCGAAGCUGGUAUUCAAAGCAACAAUGUUGGCGUUAGAAUAAAUGUCGUCAGCAUUCUAGGAAUUGCUGGCAGUGUGCUGUCGAAAUUGGAAGAUACUGUGGAAACACUAAAGCUGAUUGGGAAAUUCCUCCUUGAAGUUGCAAUGAAAGACUCUUCUCUCGUGGUAGUAGGAGAAGCUCUGGAUGCCCUUUUUGAUGUCUUUGCCGAUGGGAAAGAAGCCGAGAAGGCGGCGGAGCAAAUUAAAUUGCUUUCUACGCUUAAGGAAUUCCAGCCGGUUUUCAAAUCUCGAAUGCGGAAAGAAGGGAAAGGGCAGUACAGCCCAGAUCAGCUGUGUGUGCUGGACAACAUGAAACUGAAUUUAAGAAGAUUUAUUGCCUAUCUAGAGAAGCUGGAGAGGAAAAAAUAACUUUGAAUUGUAUUUAGAAAAAAGCUAUAUUUUUAUUAUUGUUUAAUAUUGUAGCCUUGAAUUAAUAGCACCUUGUAAUAACUGGGAAAGAAGAGAAGGGUGGUGGGGGUCUGCUUUUGAUGUUGCGUUUUUUUUAUAAAUGUUUGGGGAGGGAGGUCGAUGCAAUAAUAAAGUGAGAUUCAGAGUAUAAAAUUGCCAUGUCAUUUGAUGUAAUGUUGACAUUUGCCAGAAUGUGCCCUUAAAUCGGGGUGGGAGAAAGUUUCCAGAUGCCACCAUUCAGUUUCUCCAGAGUCAGAAUCAAAUUUUCUGGGACCGUUUUACUUAGAACAAAAUUAGUAUUUGAGUUGCUUGGAUGUCAGCAUUAUAUUUCUUCUAACAGUGCAAUCCUAAGAAGAUUUACUCUUCUUAGGAUUGCGUCGUAAGUGCCCAGGAACCUAAGAUUUUUCCCGUUUUUUUUAUUUGAAGUCCUGGUGUAGAUACGUUUUUAGUUCACUAACCAUGGUUAGCAAACUGGGAUCAUCUUAUACACUUUUGUACUACUACCUACCUACUCCCUCCCUUUUCCAAUAUAAUCAUGCUGGAGUGAAGAUCUGCCCUGAUGUUAACAUUAACCAUGGUUAACUCAAACCAGAGUUUGCAACCAGGGUCCGAACUGUAUUUGCUGACUAUAGUUUGACCUAACCAUGGCUAAUAUUAAUAUUGGUUUAGAUAGAACACUAUAAUUAAUUAAUUUAACUUAUUAAAUUUCUAACUCCCCCUCCUCACGAACGAGCUCAGAGCGGGUAACUACAACAGAGUGGGUAACUACAACAACAAUAAAUACAGUAUAAAUACAAAGUAUAAAACUCAGUUUAAAACCAUGUACAUGACUCUUUGGGGCACUAGUUCUCCAACCAUGGUUAGAAUAUGUGAAUACAGUACAUCGAUUUCUGGCAAAUACAGAUGUAUCUCCAGCCAAUGUAUCCAUAUUUUCUGAAGUCUGGUUUUUCUUGCCAUGUCCUGGUACAGAGAGCCUAUUUGGUGAAGUGGUUAUGAGCAGCAGGACUCUAAUCUGGAGAUACGGGUUUGAUUCCCCACUCCUGCACUUGAAGCCAGCUGGGUGACCUUGGGCCAGUCACAGCUCUCUCAGAGCUCUCUCAGCCCCACCCACCUCACAAGGUGAUUGUCGUGAGGAUAAUAAUAACACACUUCGUAAAUCGCUCUGAGUGGGCAUUAAGUUGUCCUGAAGAGCGGUAUAUAAAUUGAACGACAUGUUACUGUCAUAGCAGUAAAAAUCUGAAAUGCUUGAUUAGUCUUUCAGGAUCUUCUAUUCUUCGCCCUCUGAAUACAAAAAGACACAAGAUUUUACCGUUAGUCUUUUCUGUACAGGAUUACAGAAUAAUCCUUGAUACAUGUCUCUAAUUACAUUUUGUGAGAUAACUGUUUCCAUACUGCCUUCAAAUUUGCAUUUUAGAUUAAUGCACAGAAAUUGAGCAUGAUAUUCUGCCUACUUUUUUUUCAACUGGCAUGGAUUUUUUUUUUUUUAAGAAAAAGACCGUAUGACCAUUUUGCCCUGUAGAGCCUGCUGGUGUCUGGAAAUCACAUCAAAUACGUAACUAUUUUUGUACCUAAAAAUGUAGGUAUAAAUUUUUAAAGAUAUUUUUGAAAUUAAAAUGAACGUAAUGGGGAUUGUGAGAAUGUUGGAAGAAGCUUGUAUAAGGAGAAAGCCUAAUUAUUAAAAAGCACUUCUCAAUGAUGUGCAGCCCAGAGGAUGGCUUCUUGUAUAUAAAGAACCUUUUAACAUAGGAAUGCUUAAUUUGGAAACUGAGGAUCAUUUUGAAUAAUGUGGCUUAAGAAAAAGAAUGACACGAAGUGACGUAAGACUAUGCAAGUCAUCGAGAACGUUUACAGUGCAAUCCUAUGCUGAGUUACUCCUGUCUAAACCCGUUGGGUUUACAGUGAAAUCCUAAGAUGAGUUACUCCAGUCUAAGUUCAUUGAUUUCAAUGGCCUUAGACUGAAGUAACUCUGCUUAGGAUUUCAGUGUUAGACUGGAGUAACUCGAUAUACGAUUGCACUAAAAACUUUGAUGUUCUUAUCUGGUAGUUCAAAUAGAGCUCAUUCGAAGAGUUACUUUACAUGUUGCAUUUGUUCUGUGGAUCUGUUCAUUUUUGUAUGCAAGGAUCUUGUUCGUAUACAUGUUUUCCACACAUGGCUUGUUAGUGGAUCUCUUGGUUCUCCCUCUUAAUGGGUAUCUUCCCUGUUGUAAUCCAUAUACGUCAUUUUUCCUAUAUUUUCUAUCGUCUGUGUGGUGAUGUGUGGUUUUUGGUCUUCCAGUCUAAAAAUCUGUCAAAAUGCUUUCUUCUGCUUUGUUAAUAUUGCGAGUAACAAGACAGUUAUACCCAAAGAGAGAGAAACAGAAGAGUCUGCAUCUAAACUAAUUACAUUGCUGGUAUUUUGUGCGGCAUGCCAGAAAUGAGAGAUCUGGUGUUCUGGUUACCAUCUGGCAGGGAUGUAACAGGAGUUCCCAUAAAUUCUUGGGGAAAUAACGCUACCUCGUUGGGCAUGAUAAUCACACCCACUUGGCCGCAUUCCUGCUUUCACAAGUACAUCAUCUUGGCAGUUUUCCAUUAGAGGUACUCUGCAUAUUUUGCAUGGGUGGAAAUCAUAUGGUCGAAGAUUAAUAAGUGGUUGGCUGUUCAGAAUUGCUACCUUUGCUUUUUCUUGUCCCUUGAUCCUUUUGGAUUAAAAAUUCAUUUUUUUUCUUUUGUCAUCUGAGGGGGGAAAUAAAUUGAAGCAGCGGCUGUUGCAAAUAUCACACAGAAAUGUGUAGCAUAGUGUAUGAAUUCCUGGUGGAAUGUGUUCCUCUAAGUAUCUACCCAUCUUUUAAAUAUUUGGGGCUUUAUUAGGAGAAUAAGGAAAUGGCGUGGAGGGUAUUUGUGGAGGUAUAAUGCCCCUGCCUCUUCAUGUUUCUAAAUAGAAACAAAAAAAAAUCUGCCACUGGAUAAUUUUCUUUAUUGUGACGGUGGGAGGUGCUGCACUGUUUUAAAGAAAAAUUAGCAGAGUGUUGAUGCAGUAAAUGUUUGUUACAAUCUGUUCAAAUCUAUUUUGAUCCUAUGUGCAAAGAUACAAAAUCUAUGUGGCUUUUGAUGAAAAAGGAAACAGCUCGCUUCAUUUAUCUGAUUGCAUUCGAGCAACUUUAAUAAGAAGUUCUGCCCCUCGCUAGUUAUGUUUGUUCUCGUGCUUAUUUCUUGAUAGCCUUUUGCAUUGUUUUGGCAAAUGAGAGGCUUUUUCAGUCAACCAGAGUCUAAAACUAUCAUUGCUAUGACGAAAAAUGGAAGAAAAAUUGCCAAGUGCUUGUCUGCUGCCAUGUAAUAAGCCAGAUCUGCACCUGGAGUUGCCACAGCUUGUAAAUGUAUCGAUCCUUCUAGUAGGCAUGCUGGAAUUCAUCCUAAGGUGUAUAUCUAAAUUCCUUUUCGUUUCAUAACUACUACUAGGUUGCACAUGCACGGAGUGUUUUUAACCCCAUUUCCCCUCUCUGGUCCUCCAAGAAAGCAUAGAAACAUAUACAGAACUGCCAAAAUGUGUACUUGUAGUCAGUCACCUCUUCUCUGGUCCUGGAGGACAGUGCUGAGUACCUUCUGGGACACUGUCCAAGGAUACUUUUCUAAAAAGCCAUUUCUUUGGGGGGCAAUUCACCACAAAUGUUACUAUUAAAAGGAAAGAACUUUCACAUCAGGAUUUGGUACAGAUGAGCGAUGUAAUAAUUAGUGAUGUAUUAAACACUAAGGUGUUUACCUUGGUGCUUAAAGCCCUUCACGGACUGGGACCGGCAUACCUGUGGGACCGCUACUCCCAUUACGUCCCUUGCAGGGCAUUGCGCUUGGCAGAUAAACAACUCCUGGUGGUCCCCGGCCCGAGGGACAUCUGUCUGGCCUCAACCAGGGCCAGGGCCUUUUCAGCCCUGGCCCCAGCCUGGCGGAACGCUCUCCUGUUGGAGAUUUGAGCCCUGCAGGACCAAUUACAGUUCCACAUGGCCUGUAAAACGGAGAUGUUCCACAGGGCCUUUGGCGAAGGACCAGUAGGUGUACCCCACCCCACCCCUUUCCAAGAUUACCAACUCUUCUGUGACUACCCUCGGCCAUGUGUUCUACCUAUGCAGGUUUUUGAUUAUCUAAAAUAGCCUAUGUAUAAUGGCACCUGGAUUAUUUUAGCGAUCGUUUUAAGUGCGUUACUGACUUUAUAGCUGAUUACUAAUUUAUUGUAUUUUACGAUGAUGUGAGCCGCCCUGAGCCCAUUUGCGGGGUGGGUGGGAUAUAAAUCAAAUAAAUAAAUAAUAUGAUCUGUUAUGGGUAGGAGCAGUUUGUUUGCAGUGACCUUUAUUUUAACACUUGGAAUUUUGGUGGCAGUCUCAGGUGAUGGUUGGGAGCGUUCUUGUCUCGCCAGACCGUUCCACGUUCCGUUUUAUUCUCUCUCUGUGUUAUGUAUGGGCGGGGGGGGGGGACUUCUUGGAGAUACAAUUGGGAUGUUUUGAUGUCUAAACUAUAAUAAUGCCCAUCUUUGCUUCUGAUUUUGAUAGAUGAUGGCCUUGAAGAGCCAGAAAUUUAGAUGCUGGACUCAAUUUGGACAAAACCUAAUUCUAGUUACUGUUUUUACAUUUGCUGACUUCUAGAUGUGAACAUCUCCCAAUUUGCCCAGUGAUGGCUUUGGCAAUAAGAUUAUUUUUCCAUAUAAUUAAUGGAGGUUGUGUAUAUGUGUCUGUUAACCAUUCUUAUUAAAAAGCAGGUUGUUGCUGGAAAAAAGAUGCAAAUUUGUGUGUCGGCUGUAGUUGUAUCAUGAAAUACAUAACCUUUGUGUAACUACUGAAUAGAGCCUGUGAAAUUGCU